AUGGCAGGAGGAGGUGGUUUCGUCGGGGAGGGUGGAGGAAGGAGCUAUGAAGGAGGUGUCACCAUCUUUGUGCUCUUCACUUGUAUGGCAGCUGCAAUGGGAGGUCUCCUCUUCGGAUAUGAUCUUGGAAUCUCAGGAGGAGUGACUUCAAUGGAGUCGUUCUUGAGCAAGUUCUUCCCCUCUGUGUUCCACAAAAUGAAGAAUGAGUCUGCUGAUCAAAACCAGUACUGCAAAUUCGAUAGCGAACUCCUCACGUUGUUCACCUCUUGCCUCUACAUUGCAGCAUUGGUGGCUUCCUUCUUUGCUUCAUCAGUAACUAGGAAAUUUGGACGAAAGAUCUCCAUGUUUGUGGCUGGCCUUGUUUUUCUUAUUGGCUCUGUCCUGAAUGGUGUUGCCAAUAACAUUGUGCUCUUAAUUAUUGGUCGCCUGCUGCUUGGUAUUGGUGUUGGAUUUGCUAAUCAGUCUGUUCCUGUUUAUCUAGCGGAAAUGGCUCCAACAAAGAUUCGAGGAGCACUGAACAUGGGGUUUCAAAUGGCCAUUACCAUUGGCAUUCUAGUGGCAGGUCUUGUUAACUUCGGCACUGCCAAGAUCAAGGGUGGAUAUGGCUGGAGAGUCUCUUUGGCUCUUGCAGCUGUCCCUUCCUUGAUCUUGACUGUUGCUGCAAUCUUUCUUCCCGACACUCCAAAUUCCAUCCUAGAAAGAGGUCACCCUGAGAAGGCCAAGAAAAUGUUGAAAAAGAUUCGUGGCACCGAUGACGUCGAUGAGGAAUUCCAAGACCUUCUUGAUGCUACUGAGGUUGCAAAAAGAGUGGAGAACCAAUGGAGCAACAUCACACAACCAAGAUAUAGGCCUCAGCUUGUCAUUUGCCUUCUUGUUCCGUUCUUCCAGCAGCUCACCGGCAUCAAUGUGAUUAUGUUUUAUGCACCUGUUCUUUUCAUGACGUUGGGGUUUGGAAAUGAAGCUUCCCUCAUGUCCACUGUCAUCACCGGCAGCGUUAAUGUGGUUGCUACCUUAGUGUCCAUUUUCACAGUCGACAGGUUUGGAAGAAGAGUCUUAUUCCUUCAAGGUGGUGUGCAAAUGCUCAUCUGCCAGAUUGCUGUUGGAGUUAUGAUAGGCAUGAAGUUUGGUGUGAGUGGAGAAGGAGCAUUUUCAAAAGGUGAAGCCAAUUGGAUCUUGUUCUUGAUCUGUGCAUAUGUAGCAGCCUUUGCUUGGUCUUGGGGGCCAUUGGGGUGGCUGGUGCCCAGUGAGAUCUGUCCUCUGGAGAUCCGAUCCGCCGGACAAGCCAUCAACGUCUCAGUGAACAUGUUGUUCACUUUUCUCAUCGGCCAAGUGUUUCUCACCAUGCUUUGCCACUUGAAGUUUGGUCUCUUCUUCUUCUUUGCUGGCUUUGUGAUCAUUAUGACCAUCUUCAUCACAUUCUUCCUGCCUGAGACAAAGAACGUGCCCAUUGAAGAGAUGAACAGAGUUUGGAAGGCACACUGGUUUUGGGGCAAGUACAUCCCUGAUGAGGCUGUGACUCAUGGCAGGCAAGACAGGGCUGUGUAG